AUGUCGUCGACCGUCCUCAGGCAGGCCUCCUCCGCUGCUCGCGCAUUCUCGCGCCAGGCGGCGUUCUCGACGUCCGCGGCGGCGAGGAAAGACUUCGUCCAGGAGCUCUAUAUCAAGGAACUGAAGUCCUACAAGGCUCCACCGCCGGCCAAGGACGCCCAUGUCGGUGUCGUGAAGCAGUAUUCCAUGCCCCCGACGCCCAAGCCCCCUGUCGUCCCCGCCGACCUCGCAUCAGAACUGACCGCAUACGACGCCACCGAGCCCGUGGAGGGUGCCCCUAAAGCCGCUGCUGCGGGCGCUCCCGAGCAGUUGACGACCGGCGCCGACACUUUCCUUACGUUCCUGGAGGCGGACGAGCCCAAGGCGGAGGGCCACCACUGA